GACUCGCAGCCAACCUCGAGUGUACAAUUAUCGUGCGGCAAUUCUUAUUGACAUUUCCAUCUGAUAAAGCAGCAUCGAUUUCUUAUCUCGCGCGCGAUCGCAGUUCAAACGUAAAAGUGAGAUGAGAAUUAUUCGAUUGGGGCGUCGCUGAAAUCAGCAACGCACGAGUACGUAAGUUUAGAAGCUAGCGCCAACGUGCAGUGUGCGAUUUGCUGCGGCGAAAGGCGAGAGAUCGUCGAGUCCGAUACAUACAAAAGUUGUUGGUCUCAUCAUGAUCGAGCGUCGAGGAAGGAAUUACUGAUCGGCGGCGCGUCGAGUGCAUGUGUGCUGCUGCUGCUGCAUGUGCGCCGCGAUAGUGUGUGCGUGGGUGCGCCAAAGCUCCUCUCCUUUAUGCAAUUGCCAUUCGGCUUCGUUCAGCUUCGCAUCCGAUAUCAUAUAUUGACGCAAUUACCAAUUGAAUUGCCAAGAUGGCCGAUGGCAAGGGACACCCGUACGAGGAGGCCCACCCGAUCAGCCGACUAUUUUUCCUAUGGUUGAUAUCGAUCUUCAAGAGAGGCCAGGCGCUCGAGCACGCGGAUCUGUCCGGAGCGCUGGAGCAGCACGACAGCGAGCUAAUCGCCAAGGAGCUCGGAGUCCACUGGACCAAGGAGUGCUCGAAUGCCCACGUGAAGAACCGCAAGCCGAGCCUGUUCAGGGCCGUCUACUGGAUGUUCCACAGGGAGUUCUUGUGGUGGGGCGUGCCGUCCUUUUUUUAUCACUUUUGCAUCAAAAUCGUCAUGACGUUCACGUUGGGCCAGGUGAUCGGCGCCUUCGACAACAAGCAGUCGCCCAACUGGUACGUCAUAGCCGUCGUCGAGACCUUUUGCUUCAUCUGCCUGACCCUCUUCGACAUGGUCAUCUUCAAUCAGAUGUCGGUGGGACUGAGGCACCUGGGCAUGAAGAUCCGCGUGGGCUGCUCGGCUCUCAUGUUUCGCAAGAUCAUGAAACUGCCGAGCUCGGCGAGGAAGGCCAGCGGGGGCAGAAUCAUCAAUCUCAUGUCGAACGACGCCAUGAAGCUGGAGACGUCGGUGCUGUUUCUGCACACGCUCUGGAUCAUGCCGCUGCAGGUCACGGCCAUCACGAUCCUCAUGUGGCAGUCGGUCGGCGCCUACGCCCUCGUCGGGGUCGCUUUGCUCCUGCUCCAGACUCUUCCGUUGCAAGCUGGGAGCGGUAGAGUCAUCGCGAAACUGCGCAAGAAAAUAGCCGGCAAAACCGACGAGAGGGUCCUGCUAACGGCCGAGGUCGUCCGAGCCAUUCGAGUGAUCAAGAUGUGCGCCUGGGAGAAGCCGUUCGCGCGACUGCUCUACCAAGCCAGAAGGAACGAGAUGUACGUGCUGGGACUGGCCUACAAGCUCAAGUGCCUGCUCUGGGCCGUCGUGUCGUUCGCCCAGCGCAGCCCCGUCUUCGUGACCCUGAUGCUGCACGCCCGGAGCGGCGGCCUGCUCAGCGCCACUACGGUCUACACCCUGGUGCAGUACUUCAACGUGCUGCACGUCAUGUCGGGCUCGUACUUCCUCAGGACCAUCGACACCGGAUCCGAGGCUCUGGCCUCGCUCAAGCGCAUCCAGGACUUUUUGCUGCUGGACGAGCAAAAGUCGCGCAUCCUCUACGCCUUCGAGCCCAGGAAGGACGAGACGAUGAUCAACGUGGCGGCCGUGAGCUGCGGACAGGCCGCAACGAGCCCCACGCCACUGGCCCACUGCCUCGACGACAUCAGCUUCAGCGUCAAGCGCAACAUGCUCUACGUCGUGGUGGGGCCCGUGGGCUCGGGCAAGAGCUCCCUGCUGCGGCUGCUCCUGGACGAGCGCGACUUCACCAGAGGCCAGAUACGCAUCGACGGCAGCUUGUCGUACGCGCCUCAGGAGCCCUGGAUCAUUCAGGACACCGUGAGGAACAACAUACUGCUGGGCAGCAAGUACGAGGAGGAGCGCUACAGGCGAGUCGUUCGGCUCUGCGAGCUCGACGCCGACCUGGAGGCUUGGCUCGAGGGCGACGACAAGCUGGCCUUGGAGAACGGCGCCAACUUGAGCGGCGGCCAGUGCGCCAGGAUCGGACUGGCUCGGGCCAUCUACCGCGAGGCCGACGUCUACCUGCUGGACGAUCCGCUCUCGGCUUGCGACGCCGCAGUCGCCCGGCGUCUCUUUCACCACUGCAUCAACGGGCUGCUGAGCGCCAAGACGCGAAUCUUGGUCACCCAUCAGCUCGAGUACUGCGUCGAGGCCGACGAGAUCAUAUCCGUGGACGGGGGCAGAAUCGUGUACCAGGGCGACUUCGAGACUCUGCGGCGCGAGGACAGCUUCUUCGAGCGCACCGACUCGACCGACCGAGAGAGCCACGAGGCCGAGUACGAGGCCGGCGAGGCCGACAGUCAGGACGAUCGCAGCGUUUCCAACGAGGAGACCACCGCUAGUAUAGAGGACGACGUCGAUGCGACGGAUACCGAGGCGCGACCGAGCGACGACGUUGCCUCGACCGAGGACGACAAAAAAGAGCCCCUCGAGAUAAACGAGUUGCUCGCCGAGAAUAAGGCUGAGGAAGAAGAGAAGGAGAAGGAGCACGUAGAUAAAUUCAAGGGACUAGUCAGAAAAGAACAAACGAAUAAAGAUAAAUUCGGUAGAUGCAGAAUCUAUAGAAAGUAUUUCACUGGCGACGGCCAAACUCUCAUCUGCGUUUUGACUCUGCUCACAUUUGUUUUGGCGCAAACGCUCACGUCCAUGUACGACGUCUGUCUUUCCUUAUGGGCCAAAAGUUACUCCAACAGCCAAGCCACCAAGCCCAAACAGAUAAGCGAAGAGUACUACGAGUCUGCGUUUAUAAACCCAGAGCCUCCGAAUAGAGACCCCGAGAACGACAUUCAGAAUUUCAUUUAUCUCAUGAUCGGUAUCGUGUGCCUGACGAUACUCAAGUCGCUCUACUAUGCAAUGACUUUCAAAAAGAUCAACUCUAUAUUGCACAACAGCAUGGUCAGAGGGAUCUUGCAAGCGAAAAUGAGCUUCUUCGAAGCCAAUAACACAGGCAACAUCAUGAAUCGUUUCACCAAAGAUUUGGGAACCGGAGACGAAAAGCUGCCGAUGAUGUUGCUCGAGAAUCUCGAGUUCAUCUUCAUCAUUUGUGGCAUAGCGUCCGUCAUAGUGUACGUGAAUCCAUAUUUCUUGGUCCUCAUUCUGGCAAUGGGGUAUCUGUUGUACAAGCUACGCAUGAGCGCCGUGAAAACGACUCGCGCCCUCAUGAGAAUCGAGGCCCAACGAAAGAGUCCCGUUUUGCAGUUCGUCGACUCGACGUUCAGCGGCAUCGAGUCGAUUCGCGCCUUCAAAAUCCAGUCGAAUUUCAAUUACACGUUCGACGCGCUGCAAAACGAGCACAGCGCCGCGGCCUUCAGCUACAUCUACGCCGUGGGAGCUUACGGCAUGUGGCUGGACCUCAUCACGCUCGGCUUCAUCACUAUUGUCAGCUUCACUUUUUGCCUCUUCAGCCCGGACACGCAGAAUGGCGCCGACGUCGGUAUGACCUUCACCCAAGCUCACAUUUUGUGCGGAAUUCUCGCCAGAACCGUGAGGGUCACGGGAGACGUGGAAAAUAUGCUCGUUGCCGUUGAGAGGACCUCCGAGUACGCCUACCAAUUGGAGUCCGAGAGCCAAGAUAUCAACCCUCGAUUGCGGCCUAAAUCUACUUGGCCGGAACUCGGAAGAAUAGAGUUCAAAAAGGUCAACUUUAAGUACUCGAAUAAUGGACAACAGAUUUUACGGGACAUUAAUUUGCGCAUCAGGGCCGGCUCCAAGAUCGGCAUCGUCGGCGCGACUGGGGCGGGAAAAUCAUCGCUCGUAACGAUUCUAUUCAAUUUAAUGGAUUACGAUGGACAAAUUUUCAUCGACGAAUGGAAUUGCAAAGCCUUGCGGCUGGAAAAAUUGCGGAAAAAUAUGUCGAUUCUACCGCAAGAACCUCAGCUUUUCUCAAUGACUUUGAGGAAAAAUCUGGACCCCAACGACGAUUACGACGACAAGCAGAUCUGGUCGGUCCUCGAGGACGUCGAAUUGAAAGGGAUCUUCUCGUCGUUGGACCAGCCACUCGAUCAGACCGGCUUGAGCACUGGUCAGCGUCAAUUGCUCUGCCUGGCUCGGGCACUGCUGAGGAAGAACAAAAUUCUCAUUCUCGACGAGGCGACGGCCAACGUCGAUCCUCACACCGAAGCUCUCAUACACGCGACGAUUCGCGAGCAAUUCAGCAAGUGCACCAUCAUUAUGAUCGCUCACAGGAUCAAGACGGUACUCGAUUGCGAUAGAAUCGUCGUGGUGGAUCAGGGAAAAAUCGCCGAGUACGGAGAGCCCAAUUGCCUUCUAAAAAACAAGAAUAGCCGUUUUGCCGCGUUAGCUAAAGCUGAGCCGAACGAUGCUUGAGCCAAAGACAUUUCACUAUCGUUGUUCUAUUCUUUAUUUUUUUACGAUUUCUAGUCCCGUAAAAUAGCCAUGUAAGUUGUUGAUUUAUAAACGCAAAAAAUCAAAUGGACGAAUUGUGUGUGUUGUGCGUGUAUUUAUAAUUAUUUACGAUUAUCGAGUCCGAAUAAUAUUUUUG